CUUCAUGGCGUGCCACCCAUCCAGGUUGCCAGGACACCGUCUGGCCUUUGCACACCGCGGAUUGCUCGACACACAAUAACACAGUCCAGCAUGGGCCGACUGAUCUGACUCGGGCUUACCAUCAUCCAACACCACACAACACAGGCGCCAUGGAAAAUGCUGGCGAGCAUGGCGGCGCCGACUCUGGCCGGAGCAGAGGCCGGCCGAACCGACGCAACGCUACAGACAUCGGCACCACCUACGUCCACUGGCUACAUGCUCGGAGGUCCAAGGCACACGAAUCGCGUCACUUUGAAACGGAACGCCCCAUGGCCAGCUAUGUCACCGACAUGCUACCCCCGGCCGCGCGAAAGGGCAGACCUGCAGACUCCAUCCCCGCCCGCCAUCUGCACUCCUCCCUCAACAAAGUCAGGCAUCCUGUGAAUGUCGUCAAAUGGACCCCCGACGGCCGGCGAUUGCUUACCGCCUCUACCAGCGGCGAAUUCACUCUCUGGAACGGCACGGGCUUCAACUUCGAGACCAUCAUGCAGGCCCACGACUCCGCCGUUCGAGCGGUAAUCUACGCACACAACGACGACUGGCUGCUCUCCGCCGAUCAGGAAGGCGUGGUGAAGUACUGGCAGACCAACUUCAACAAUGUCAAGUCCAUCCAGGCGCAUGAGGAUCCCGUGCGCGACAUUGCCUUCUCCCCCACAGAUGCCAAGUUCGUCACCGCAUCUGACGAUACGACCCUUAAAAUCUUCGAUUUCGCGACUAGUGCCGAGCAGUCAGUCCUUGCUGGUCACUCAUGGGAUGUCAAGUGCGUGGACUGGCAUCCGUCCAAGGGCCUGCUUGUCUCCGGCUCAAAGGACCACCAGGUCAAGCUGUGGGAUCCUCGCACUGGGAGAUGUCUAACCACACUACACGGGCACAAGAAUACGGUAGCCAUGACCAAGUUUGAGCCGACCAAUGGCGUCCUACUUGCAUCUUGCGCUCGAGACUCGACCGCCCGUGUCUUCGACAUUCGCAUGAUGCGUGAUGUGUUCCUGCUCAAAGGGCAUGAGAAGGAGAUCAGCUCGAUUGUCUGGCAUCCCAUCCACUCAUCACUUCUGACGACAGGCGGCGGCGAUGGAGCCAUGUGCCACUAUUUGCUAGACGAACAAAACCCCCCGCAAGGCACCGCAGCAACGCUUCCGCCCUACGAUGCGCAGAAUCCCUCCGACGCGCCCGCUCAGUCCCUCUAUCCCGCACACAAAACCCCCUUUGCCCACGAAUACUCCAUCUGGAGCAUGGACUGGCAUCCACUCGGCCAUAUCCUCGCGACCGGCUCGAACGACAAAGUCACUCGAUUCUGGACCCGGCCGCGCCCAGGCGACACCACAUACAUCAAUGACCGAUGGCACAUCGGCCAGAACGCAGCAGAAGCACAAGGGACCUGGCGCAAAGCAGAAGCGCAGAGACUGCGAGAAGAGGAAGAAGCGCAAGCCGAGGACGAAUUCGACGCACUCGUCGACCAGCAAAUGCCGGGCAAGCAGGCGUUGUUGCCCGGCCUUCCAGGUCUCGCAGGCAGACCUCCUUUCCCAGACGGCACAAGCACCGGUGGCGCCCAGCCGCUCGAUCUCUUCAACUUCCCCGGCGCCAACCCUCCGUUCCCCAUGCCCGGCAUGGCCUUCCCGCCACCCCCACCCAACGGCAUGGACCUCAGCAAAAUCAUGCAAAUGGCCAGCGGGCAGCUCCAACUACCCCAACUACCUGGCGCACCUCCCGGCCUCCCCCCACUACCCCCGGGAAUGACUUUGCCUCCUCUCCCACCGGGCUUCCAACCACCGCCCGGCUUCCCGCCACCGCCGAAUGGCUUCCCCGGUUUCGCUACUGAUAAUAGUGCUGCUGGUAUAAGGCGACGAGGACCUUUGCCCAGCCAAUCGGAUUCUCUGAAGGAGGAGCAGCGGCAUGGACGGUUCACCAAGGCUCGAUAGGAUUGAGCUGGGUCGCUGCAUACCUUCACGCCAGCUCCGAUGCUUCGUACGUCUGUCUACACGGCCAAAAGAACGGCCAAAAGUGUCCGAGUAUCUGGCAUCAUCGAAGGAGGGACGAUGCCGGGCUGGAUAUCGUUUCUUGGUCGAAAUGAUAGGAUGGUCGCCGACGCCGUUGCGUACAAUAAGAGGCGCAAGGCCGAUGAAUCCCCAUUGAAGGGAGGGAGAGAGAGAGAGAUUGGACGGUCGCUCAUUGACACGACACGUCUAUUACUAGAGAAUCCAACAGUCCUAAAGGUUGAUUGGAAAACGAAGACAGCCGAAGCGCAGGUUAUAUCUACGGUUUGAGCAGAGUAGAUCUUCAAUCAGCCUAUUCCGACAGAAUUUUCAAAGGGAAAA